GGUGCUUCUGAGGGCUGCGCUGAGGAGGGGGGAACGACGGGGAAGUGGGAGGGAGGGGGAGGAGGAGGAGGCCGCCGAGCCGCAGGGAUCGAAUCGUCCCGGCAGGCAGCCUCCCGCCGCUGCGCCCUUACCCAGGUGUGCCCCGCACCGUCCCCUCAGUGGGGGCGGGCGCCAUGGGAGGCCCCGAGCAGCGCCGAGCGGGAAGCCGGCGAACGGGUGCUGAGCUGCUUCACCUCCGCUGAACCCUUCCCGCUCCUCCGGGAGGAUCGGAGAGCGAUAUGGACCGCCCGCCGCAACCGCCAGCCGCCUGGUAACCCCGCGGCAGCUCUGAGGCGGCUCGGGCAUGGCCCAGCAUGAGGAGAGCGACGGAGGGCAGCAGCAGCAGCAGCAGCGUUACCCCGUUACCAGCUGGGCCAAGACAACUGAUGUGAGUUUCUCCAACUCCUUGAAUGGUUUGAGCUUCGUGGGAAUUCUGGACAUUAAAGCAGGCAGCACUUUCCAGGGUCUUCCAAGCUUGAAUUCCAGGACCCCAAGAUCCCUCUCAUCACCUGAGGAUGGGCCUGGCCAGUUGGCCAAUGUUUUAGAAGAUUGUCACAGCCUUAAAUCAGUGGAUUCUGGGAUUCCAACUCUAGAAAUAGGGAACCCAGAGCCCGUCCACUGCAGCGCGUUAAAUGGGAAAAGAAAGUCAGAACCCGAAGUGGUGCCUGAAAGGGCUUUUCAGAGCGCCUCCACGCUGCCAUCUUACGUGCCUCCAAAUUCCCUGUCCUCUGAGCAGGACCACGCCGUGAGGAAAUCCUCCACUUUCCCCCGAAGUGGCUACGACACUGUCAAACUUUACAGCCCCACUGCAAAACCUCUGAGCCGAAGCGACGACGUCUCCGUCUGCAGCGUCUCGAGUCUCAGCACGGAGCUCUCAGCCACUUUAUCAGUCAGCAACGAGGACAUUUUGGACUUUGUGGUCACAAGCAGUUCAAGUGCAAUUGUGAACCUGGAGACAGAUGAGGCCCACUUCUCAGAUGUCACCCUGAAUUCCACUAAAGAGACCAAUGAUCAGUGCCAGCAGGGGCCUUGUCAAGAGGCAGACGUGGACAGCAAGCGAAGAAUACUGGAACCUUUCACAAACUUCUUUGCCAGGAAUUUGUUUGCCAGAAAGCAAAGUGCAAGAUUUGAAAAACAAAAUGAUGUGGGAUGGAAGUUGUUUGGAAAAGUACCUCUCAGAGAAAACUCACAGAAAGAUCCAAAGAAAAUACAAAAGGAAUAUGAAGAAAAAACUGGACGAGCUCACAGACCACUCUCUCCUAAGCAGAAUGUGAGGAAGAAUCUUGAUUUUGAACCACUUUCCACUACAGCACUUAUUUUAGAGGACAGACCAGCGAACCUCCCUGCAAAGCCAGCAGAAGAAGCUCAGAAACACAGACAGCAGUACGAAGAAAUGGUGGUUCAAGCAAAAAAAAGAGAGCUUAAAGAAGCCCAGAAGAGAAAGAAGCAACUGGAAGAGCGUUGCAAACUGGAAGACAGCAUUGGCAAUGCUGUCCUGACUUGGAACAAUGAGAUCUUACCCAACUGGGAAACUAUGUGUUGUUCCCGGAAAGUCCGAGAGCUGUGGUGGCAGGGCAUCCCCCCCAGUGUGAGAGGCAAAGUCUGGAGCUUGGCAAUUGGCAAUGAGUUAAACAUCACCCAUGAACUUUAUGAUAUUUGCCUGGCUCGUGCCAAAGAGAAAUGGAGAUCACUUAGCACAGGAGGGGCUGAAGUAGAAUGUGAAGAUGCUGGAUUUUCAGCAGCUGACAGAGAAGCAAGCUUGGAGUUAAUAAAACUGGAUAUCUCAAGAACUUUUCCUAAUCUCUGUAUAUUCCAGCAGGGUGGUCCUUACCAUGACACGUUGCACAGUAUUUUAGGAGCCUAUACAUGUUACAGACCUGAUGUAGGCUAUGUACAGGGCAUGUCAUUCAUAGCAGCAGUAUUGAUCUUGAACUUGGAUACUGCAGAUGCCUUCAUUGCUUUUUCUAACCUUUUAAAUAAACCCUGUCAGAUGGCGUUUUUCCGUGUGGACCAUGGCCUUAUGUUGACUUACUUUGCUGCAUUUGAGGUAUUCUUUGAAGAAAAUCUGCCAAAGUUAUUUGCUCACUUCAAAAAAAAUAACUUAACUCCAGACAUCUAUCUUAUUGAUUGGAUAUUCACCUUGUACAGCAAAUCUUUGCCCCUGGACCUGGCGUGUCGUGUCUGGGACGUCUUCUGCCGUGAUGGGGAAGAGUUCCUGUUCCGUACAGCCCUGGGAAUACUAAAACUUUUUGAAGAUAUUUUGACCAAAAUGGACUUCAUUCAUAUAGCCCAGUUUCUAACAAAGCUACCAGAGGACUUGCCUUCAGAAGAAUUCUUCACAUCUAUUGCUACCAUUCAGAUGCAAAGCAGAAACAAAAAGUGGGCUCAGAUCCUGGCUGCUCUGCAGAAGGAUAACAGGGAAAUGGAGAAAGGAAGCCCUUCCCUCAAACGUUGAACCUCUUCUUGCCUCCAGUCACUCCUGGGAGAAAAGAGCUACAGUGGCAAAAGUACUGAGUACUCUUUGAGCCUGCAAAUCAAAGUGUUAUUUCAAGAGUUUUGUUCAGUAGUAGGAUAACCAGAAACGGGAGAGAAUCAAAAAGAGAGGGAGGGAAAAAAAACAAACCAAAGGAAGGCAGGAAAUAUUGGAAUAAAGCCCUUAGAAGUGAAACCUAGGCUUAGUCUUAAACUUCUCUUGGAAUGAGUGUUUGUUGUGGACAGCAUUACAUGUUUUGUACUUCUGAAGAGGGCAGGGAAAGUAAACAACAUUACAGGGAUAUUUUUUUUCAGUGGUGUUUUUCUUCCAUGAUUUAAAACAAGUGGGCAUUCAACAAUGUUGGUUGCUUUGAAAGCUGCUCCAUGGUUUCAUUCUUAGGCAGGAUAUGUUUCCCAUACCCAUAGCUGGAUCUGGAUUUUAAAUAACUGGUGCUGGAAUUUAUAGUUCCAUGAUAUAAGGACCAUUUCUCUAGAAAUGCUUCAUGUUUUCUAGGCUGUGGGUCCCAUUUACCAAAGAAAUCAUGUAGACAUAGAACCACAUUCCAUUCUGUAAUAAGAAGUGGAAAGUAAACUUGGAAGAGAAUUCAUGCUAGCAGUGCAAAAACCAAUUAUUCUUCAAGAUGCUUUGGAAAUUUAUCUUUCCAAUCUUGAUGCAUAAGGAAAAAGUUCUCUUAAUCAGACUUGGAUUCCAAGCUCACCCUGGGGGGUUCUGGUAUUAAGCUGGCAUCACCUCCCAGCUGUACUGUCUGUCCUCUCUUUAAAGCCGGGCUCUACUAAAUAUAUACUACUACUAAAUGUUUGUUUCUAUGUCUCCCUCUCCUGGGGCAGAGCCAUUUCAGGGUGUUCCUGCCAACUCCAGCCACACUGAUGAAGCUGUGGGCUGAGCAGAUAAAAAAAUCCCUUUUCCCCAUUUCUCAGUUCAUCAUUACUUUAAACCCAGCUCUGCUUACUGGCAAAAACUGGAAGAAGGGUGUAGGGAGUUAAGGAGAAAUGGUGUUAAGGCAACUUUGCUGCUGGAAAGGUUCUGGGGCAUCUCCUGGAGGUGCUGCUGCCACAGAGGGAAAAUGUUACGUGGAGCUGAUCUGUCAUGACAAGGGGGGAAAUUUACUGGGCCAGAUUAAUACCAUCAGGGUGAGUACAAGCUGCCAUUUCCUGGCCUUUUAUCCAGCCUGUAACACCUGGGAGCAAGAGAGGGCAAAGUGUGGUGGUUGGAUUCUGUUCUGCAGCUGAGAUCCCCUCUGCAUUCAGGUGUUGAGCUGUAAAUCCUGAGUGCCUCUGAUUUACAGGAAUCUCUGUCCUGUAGGUUAAGGUGUCAGAGCUGGUGUUUAAAUAAUGCCCAGCUUGAAAAGGGAAAUUAACUGAAGCAAUAUUUGCAUUAACUGUAAACAGGUGUUACUGAAUCCUUUAGCUGUAUGGUAGCUGGUUCCCCACUGCUCUUCUCUCUGGUUUAGGCUGAUUAUUUUGGCACUGUCUGAGUUUAAAAAAAAAAAAAAAAGAGAAUAAUAGUUGCUGCUCAACUCCACAUCCAGCAUCAAGGACUGUGAGACAUAAAAUAAUGUCCUUUAGUACAAACCUUGUUUCUGCAAGGGUUAGUUGGACUGGAAUACUAAAAAGAGAGGAAGAUUCCCUGGUAAGUGAGGACUCACAGUCCCUUUUUAGAAGAUGUGUAAUGCAAAUUUUGCAGCUCUCAAGUCAGAUACCUCAUUGGCCUCUUUUCCUGUCCACUUUGUGUACCUGGCAUCAUGGCUGUGUUUUUCUCUUGGACAUCUUCAUUCCUCCACCAGACUUCUAGGUCAUCACUUACUGAAAACAGACAUCAAGAUGUUGAUAGAAAAGAUGUGCUAGUUCUCCCAGAGUUUGGGAUAGCUUUGGCCCUUCGGUGACCAGUACUUGGUUGUGACGUUGCUUUGAAGUGCAAUAGAAAGCUUGGAAGGUCAGUAAAUGGUUUUUUAAUAGUUCUUUUUCUACUACUACAACAAAUAUGCCUUUCCAUGAAGGAUACGAGAGGCCUACCAUCUGAAAACAUUUGCACUAUGCUUUUAAGUGGUUUAUUAAACACACUUUUUCCUCAAUAGACAUUUUUAGGUGGUACUGUAACUGGCUUUUUAAGUCUUCACUGCAACUGGGUUUGUGUUUCCUUUUAAACCAAGUCUCCAAGCCUGGCUCAUUUGUCUGGUUAACACAUGUUCUCUAGCCAGUAGCUGGUUUUGUAGCCAUUGACAGCCUCUUCUCCUUUUUCUCUUCUCAGUAUGAUGUUGAAUGUAAGAGUGAAAAUGGACAUAGUUGUGGGGAAAAGGCCUGCUGCAACCCUUGUGCACUGUUUGUUACCUGCAACUGUAAUUACUUGGUUCUGUGAUUUGAUCUUUCUGUUCUCAGAAGAUGUAUAUAUUUUCUAAAUGAUUGCUCUGUGUAUAUAAAGGUCUGUUCUUUAAUGAAGAAAAGCAAUGCAAUAAGGAGCUUUGCACAGUUUGUUUUCAAACAAAAUGCAUUUGGGAAAAAAAAAAAAAAAAAGAGAGAAAAUAAAUAACCUGCCUAAAGAUGCAGUUGUUUCCACUUCUCAAUAACUUGAUUUGAAGGUGAUGCUUGAAUUUUGAUAAAACCAGAGUUGAGUAGAAAGGGCAGAGAAUUACUUGCCACUGGAGCAUAAAAUCUCUUUAAUUAGCUACUAAAAAAUCUGUUAAUAUUCAGGGAUUUUGACAAUUUUCUUGUUCAGGUGCUUGAGAGUAUCUGUAACAAGAUGCAUGAGAUUUUCCUUUGUGGAGCAAGCUUCCCCUUCAAGCAAACUUUAUUUUCUUCACUGGCUUAAGGAAAAACAGAAAAAUGCUGCAAUACAUCAAAAAGCUGCAGCUCCCACCAUCCAUGCAGCAGAUCAGAGGAACCAGAGAGCUUCAGCCAGGUUUGGAAUUCUGUACAACCUGCACUUUAUAAAAAAGCAACUUCAGUCAGCAAUCAAUCAUCAAUGUUGUUUCAUCUGGUAAAGAAUUUCAUUUUGGGGGGGAAAAAACCCCAAAAAGGUACCUUGCAACAGCUUCUUUUUGAAUGUUAAACUAGAAUGACAUACAGAGAGCUGUUGAGACAUCUCCUGUACAUCACCUUUAAAUUGGGUUUAUGUAGUUACUAAGUUUGUUUUGUUUAAUCUGUGUAUCUACCUGGAACUUUUUUCACCUGUAAAUACAUGGUUUUGUUAAAUAAAGUCAUGUAAAGUU